CAAGCUUCCAAAAACACAACAGGACAACAGCUCAAGCUAUCACUCUACACAAAGGAUUGUAAUGACACGCUUUGGAUAAACAGAUCACAUGGCUCUUGCAGUAAUAUCUAAAUGGAUAGCUGUGCUUUAUGUGGUAAUAAUGGCAGCCAGACUGGGCAUCUCUGAGAAGGAGGACAUGGAGCUAACUGAGCCAGACAGCAGGGAGCCCUGUGCCCGCUGGAUGAGGGGUGUUUCUGGCACCCCUGGGUUUGAUGGCAUCCCUGGGCGGGAUGGACGGGAUGGACGUGAGGGCAAGAAGGGAGAUAUUGGAGACCCAGGCACCAAAGGGCCGAAUGGAGAGCCUGGUGAGCUAGGAGCUGAGGGAUCUGCAGGGAAAAGAGGUUUUCCUGGAAACCCAGGUCUGAAAGGAGAGCGUGGAGAGAGUUCCUUCCCCUACCACUCAGCUUUUAGCAUGGGACUCACAGGGCAAAUCAGCUCCACCAGAGGAGGUCCCAUCCGCUUUACCAAGACCUUUUACAAUGAGCAGCACAACUAUGAUGUAAUAUCUGGAAAGUUUCGCUGCUCUAUUCCUGGGAUCUACUACUUCACGUAUCACCUUACCAUCAAUGGGAAGGAGACCAAGGUAGCCAUGUUCCAAAAUGGCCGGACUGUGACUUUCACACUUGACCAGUUCCACAAUGGAAAUCUGGAUCAGGCCUCAGGAGGGGCGAUUUUAAAUUUAGCAGCUGGAGAUGAGGUUUGGUUACAGCUGUAUGAUGAGGGUGCAGACAUAUUUGAUGCAGAGAUUUACGCUGAUAACAACAACGACUCCACUUUCACUGGCUUCCUUUUGACUCCUAAAAUCCUAAGCAGCCCAUUUGAUAACCGCAGACGCUGAAACAUACCUCUUGCUCUUGUCAAUUUAUAUCUGUAUCCAUAUCCUUAAAGGUUUAAUACAGCAAGCAAAGGUUAUUUACAGUGUGUUUAGGUUUUUUGUGCAGUCAUCACUUAAUGAAACAGCGUUUAAAUUAAACCAAUGCUGAAAAGAUCAGCACUGCUGAUCGCCAGCAUAUGUUGUGUUUUGGAAAUUCAUGCAGGUCUAAUCUGUUAUUAUCAAAGGGACACACCAUCUUUUUGAAAGUUGAAGUUAAGCUUAUGUUGUCUCUGUUUACAUCUUCUCUAUCCAUUAAUUACACUUUAAUUUCAGAUUCAAAGAUCAGAUGUUAUCACAGGGAGUCCUUGGGUUCAGUUGGCAGUCAAGACAUCUUACACCUAAGCCAACUGGCUUCCUCCCAGUACAGCAGUUGGUGUGCAGUUUAGCAUGCUUCAUCCUCUGAGAUAUUUAUAAUCAAUGGUCAAGGUCAGUCUAUAUACCAACACUCUCAGCAAUGACCUGAUAAUUAUGUUAUGUUAUUAUAUCAUCCUAUUGAAUGUUUGUAUUUAUUAAAAUGUAUUAAAAGUAUUCUUAGUCUAGUGGAGGUACAGUAUAUGUGUCACCACUUUCUAGGACUAUGCUAGAAGUUGGAAAACACACCAUUUUUAGGGUUUUAAAGGGGUAGUUCACCUAAAAAAUAAAAAUUCUGUCAUCAUUUACCCAACCAUAUGACUUUCUUUUUUCCAUAAAAACACAAAAAGAGAUGUUAGGCAGAAUGUUGUCUUAGUCAACUUUUAACUGUAUUGUAUGGGGGGGAGGAAAUCAAAUGAAAGUCAAUGGUGAAUAAGGCUAAUAUUUUGCCUAACAUCUCUGUUUGUGUUCCACAGAAGAAAAGUCAGUUUAGUGAUUUUAAGAAAUCAUGCAAAUUGAUUGUCACACUGACACAGACACAGUUAAGAUUGUGUUUAUAUGCUAAUUUGGUGCAGAAAAUGUCAUCAUGUUUUCACUGACAUUGUGAAUAAAGUUGAAAA